GAACAUCAUAAUCGAAUGGUUGCAUUUUAUAAGAAGCAAGUACAGACAGCACAUAAGUACCGUCCUUCUCUGUGCAGUGGAGAGUGUGCAGGGUAGUUUUCGUCAUGAAGCGCACUUUUCCUCCCAUCGCGCACAAGUCGAGCUCUGCUUGUUAUUUUCAAUGGGGGCCACUGAAAUCUCCAGUGCCAGCGUGCGUCCGGGACAUUUCGUCUAGAGGCAGCGAUGAGAUGUUACUCAUUGUGGAGAAGAACCCUUCUGAGUACGAGGACUGUCUGAAUGGGAAAACCACGUGGGAUUUGUGAUCUGACCAAUUCCAUCGCCGCAUCCUUCCCACUUACGUUGAGCAGCUCAGUUUUGGAUCACAACAUUGUAAUAAUGUGCAGCCUUUUAGUCAGUAACGAGUCAACAACAGCAGAGAUGUCUGUGUCAAGCGCAUUGUUGCUUAAAUUCAGAUGAACGUAGGCUGCCAUUGGGCUUUUUUUUUUUUACACAGCUGAACGCAGACUAAUGAACUAUGAACUUGCUCUUGUGGAUAUUAGCAAUAAACUUUUUCUUGUGGUGGACUUCAGUUGACUCACAGAUGGGGUUCGAUGGUCCUCUCUCUGCACAGGAGCAGAUGUUCAUCCUUUAUGAAAUUAAACUGCAGUGCUACCAGAACCUCUCCAGCGUCGACCCAGGGUCCGCAGAUGAAGUGUGUCCUCCAGACUGGGACGGUCUUAUCUGUUGGCCCCAUGGCUCCCCUGGGCUGGUUACUAAGGUUCCCUGCCCAUCUUACAUCUAUGACUUCAAUCACAAAGGACAUGCUUACAGGAAGUGUGAUGUCAAUGGUUCCUGGGUGUUUGUGGACCGCUGGAACAAAACAUGGACAAAUUACUCUGAGUGUCUGCACUUCCUUCAGCCCAGUGAUGAGGACAGGAGACAAGACUUCUUUGAGCGGCUGUACGUCAUGUAUACCACUGGCUAUGCUGUGUCCUUUAGCUCUCUACUAGUGGCCAUCUUCAUCAUUGGAUACUUCAGGCGUCUUCACUGCACCAGAAAUUACAUCCACAUGCACCUGUUUGUUUCCUUCAUGUUAAGGGCAGUCAGCAUUUUUGUGAAAGACAAAGUUGUCUAUUCCAGCGCGGGACUACAGGAUUUUGACUCUGCCCUGCUGGACAACUUAAAAGUAGUUAGCAUGGCAUCGCUGAAGUCUCAGUAUAUUGGCUGCAAGGUGACAGUGCUGCUCUUCAUCUAUUUUUUGGCAACCAACUACUACUGGAUCCUGGUGGAAGGCCUCUACCUCCACAGUCUCAUCUUCAUGGCCUUUCGAUCGGACGCCAAAUACCUCUGGGGCUUCACAGCCAUUGGAUGGGGUGUUCCAGCUGUUUUCGUGGCAGUGUGGGCGAUUGUCAGGGCAACACUAGCAGAUGCAAGAUGUUGGGAGUUGAGUGCUGGUAACAUUAAGUGGAUCUACCAGGUUCCCAUCCUGACAGCCAUAGGGCUCAACUUUAUCUUAUUCGUGAACAUUGUGAGAGUGUUGGCCACUAAAAUUCGAGAGACAAAUGCAGGGAGAUACGACACCAGGAAACAGUACAGGAAACUGGCAAAGUCCACCCUAGUGUUAGUGCUGGUGUUUGGCAUCCAUUACAUCAUUUUUGUCGGUAUGCCUCAUGCAUUUGAGGGGCCGAGCUGGGAGGUCCGCAUGUACUGUGAGCUGUUCUUCAAUUCAUUUCAGGGUUUCUUUGUGUCCAUAAUCUAUUGCUACUGUAAUGGAGAGGUCCAGACAGAAAUAAAGAAAACGUGGACACGCUGGAACCUGGCAUUUGAGAGGGACAGCCCUGUGGUCUGCGGUCGCUACCGUUACACCAGCCAGUCCCAUCUGGCUGGGGGUGGGCCCUCCACACGCUCCACAACGCUUGUUUCAAGCCGUGCAUGUCGGAGUACAGGCCCAUCAGUGGUGCAUGCCGCCCUCCCAGGAUAUGUGAUCAGUAACUCGGACCCAUCCAUACCUGAAGAACCCGAGGACAGUGGCCCCAAGCGGGUGGAUGAUAUCUCUUUGAAGGAAAGUCUGCCUGUUCUAAAUACAAGUGCAGCAGCAGAUUAUGAGGAGGAAACACUGUAGCACUGUCAUCUAAUGUCAAAAGAGGCAGAUGAAGAAAAUCUUUGCAAAUGGAUCUGUGCCAACCCUUUACAGUGGGGGGAACCAAAGGCAAACAAAAUGUUUCACUGUACUAAAAAGGUCUUUAAUACUUGUGAAAAAGAACAACACACAACACGUUUGAAGAGGCAACACCAUAGUGCCCUCUAUUGCCCAGCAGCUGCUGGAGGUCACUCGCGAAAUACGUUUAAAUAAGUAUUAACUGGAGGAAAUGGGUGGUUAAAAAGACUGAUGCUUUUUUUAAAUAAAAGGUACCAGCAGGACGAUGGCUGUCGAAUCAAACUCAUCUCCUAAAACAUUUGAUGACUGUGCCAGCAAGUGAAUUACAGUUCCAGAAGAUGACACCAUCUGUCAUAUAAGAGGCAGAAAAAAUCCUGAUGAAUCCUUUUUAUGAACAAAUUUGGUGGCAUGGUGGUCAUGCUGGUACAACCAGCCUACUUUGUGAAUAAUCUUGAAUUUUGUGAAAAGAAACUUGCCACCUACAGCUGCCACUGGAACCACAGUAAAUGGAAUGUAUCCAGAAUAAAUGUUUGCACUUUGAAGGCAAACUGAAAUUAAGACAUUCCUCUUUUUUCUAGAGAAGCAUUGAUAAACAGGUGUGCACAGACAACUUUCACUUUUAUUACCUAGAAUGGCUGAGCUUUGUACAUUCACUUGCUGUUUACUAAUUUUGAGCAAGGCCACAAUUGUCACAUUCAGCUGCACACACAUUUUUUGUGGUGCAUCAAAUAUUAUAUUAGGACAAAAGCAUGAUUUUUCUAUUUAUGAUAAUCAACUAUUUUGCUGACUGAAGGGCUACAGUCAUGCAUUCCUACAUCUCUGUCAGAUAACGCACCACUUCUAUCUGACAGAAAUGCAGGGGUGCCAAUAUUUUUGGCCAUGACUGUAGAUUUGGUGGCUGUUUAAGGGUGUUAUGUUUACUUUGUGCGUGCAUGUUUAUCAGUGAGCUGGAUUUAGUGCGUGUUUUUAUUGUAUAUGUAUUUCGGCUGCUCCAGUACAAGCUUUUAAAAAAACGACUUGAAAGGAUUUGCUUUAAUCUUACCUAUGUGGUAAAUGUGUUUGGCUGUUUUCCUUUGUGGUAUUUGUUUGUAUCUUUAAUUCUUUUCUCUCCAUUCCUC